AUGCUGGCGCUGCGCUGCGGCUCCCACCUGCUCCGCCUGCGCCCGGUCCCGCGCUCCUCGCCGCUGCGCCUCCCCGCGGCCCGCACCUGCAGCGGCGGCGGCGCCCGCGACCCCUCCGCCGCCGCCGGGAACCCGCUGGUGUACCUGGACGUGGGCGCCGACGGGCAGCCGCUCGGCCGCGUGGUGCUGGAGCUGAAGGCAGAUGUCGUCCCAAAGACAGCAGAGAACUUCCGGGCCCUGUGCACCGGGGAGAAGGGCUUCGGCUACAAAGGCUCCACGUUUCACAGAGUGAUUCCGUCCUUCAUGUGCCAGGCUGGCGACUUCACCAACCACAACGGCACAGGGGGCAAGUCCAUCUACGGAAGCCGCUUUCCCGAUGAGAACUUCACUCUGAAGCACGUGGGGCCAGGUGUCCUUUCCAUGGCAAACGCAGGCCCCAACACCAACGGCUCCCAGUUCUUCAUCUGCACCAUCAAGACCGACUGGCUGGAUGGCAAACAUGUUGUGUUCGGCCACGUCAAAGAGGGCAUGGAUGUGGUGAAGAAAAUAGAAUCCUAUGGCUCCAAGAGCGGGAAGACGUCCAAGAAGAUUGUCAUCACGGACUGCGGCCAGUUGAGCUAA